CUUUGGAAGACGUUCCACAGGAAGGACUGGUCGGUGGCCCCCGGGGGCCGCUGGUAGUAAGCCAUCUCCCGUGCUCCCGGUCCGAGUGGCGAUCACCGAGCUGACUGAUUCACUGACUGCUGGCUCCCACCGCCCGCUCACACCCCGACCCGGCUGCAACUGCUCCGCUCACCCGGAAGGUGUCACCGUCCCGCCCACUGACAGCCCGGCCCCUCUGUCACUCCCUCCCAGCCAGCACCGGGAACUGCACUCACUGCUCGCACUCCGGGCUGGGACAUUCCGACCGGGUAACCCCUUCACUGCCCUCUCUCUAUUAACCCUCUCUGUCACUGUGUGCCGGGCUGUGUGUCUGUCACUGUGUGCCGGGCUGUGUGUCUGUCACUGUGUGCCGGGCUGUGUGUCUGUCACUGUGUGCCAGGCUGUGUGUCUGUCACUGUGUGCCAGGCUGUGUGUCUGUCACUGUGUGCCAGGCUGUGUGUCUGUCACUGUGUGCCGGGCUGUGUGUCUGUCACUGUGUGCCGGGCUGUGUGUCUGUCACUGUGUGCCAUGCUGUGUGUCUGUCACUGUGUGCCAUGCUGUGUGUCUGUCACUGUGUGCCAUGCUGUGUGUCUGUCACUGUGUGCCAGGCUGUGUGUCUGUCACUGUGUGCCAGGCUGUGUGUCUGUCACUGUGUGCCGGGCUGUGUGUCUGUCACUGUGUGCCGGGCUGUGUCUCUGUCACUGUGUGCCGGGCUGUGUGUCUGUCACUGUGUCUCUGUCACUGUGUGCCGGGCUGUGUCUCUGUCACUGUGUGCCGGGCUGUGUCUCUGUCACUGUGUGUCUGUCACUGUGUUCGAGGCUGUGUGUCUGUCACUGUGUGCAAGGCUGUGUGUCUGUCACUGUGUGCCAGGCUGUGUCUCUGUCACUGUUUGCCGGGCUGUGUGUCUCCAUCACUGUGUGUCUAUCAUUGUGUUCCAGGCUGUGUGUCUCCAUCACUGUGUGUCAGGCUGUGUGUCUAUCACUGUUUUCAUAAAUUGUGUAAGCAUAAAUAGAAUUUUUGUACUUGCAUAAUGCUAGCUUAGAGCUGCUGUUUGAGUUCAUUACUUGUCGUAGGGCUAGAUUACAUUUGAUUAGAUAGCUUUACCAAUGCUCUCAUUAUAUUUCCAACUUCAUAUAAACUUUUUUUUUAUAUCAUCUUUAUUAAAGUCAUUGCACAGAGAAAAAAAGAAAAACCUUAACAAUAGUAACAAUAUAUAAAUUUUAACAGUAAUCACAGUGCAUCAGAAUAAUUUUCCAAUUAAAACAACAUUCAAUCCACAUUCAAACUACAAACAAUAUUCAUUCUAACAUCGGAUGGAGAGGUGGUGGGCAUAAAUAGCCCUUGGUAGAUAGUUUGAAAAUCGUAUCUAAAAAUAUAAAACGUAUCAGUGUUUGGAGAUGUUAUCCAUUUUCCCCAUAUUUUUUUUAUAUAAAGCCAGUUGGUUAUUCAUACAAAAAAAUAGCCUUUCUCCAUAGAGCACUGGUGAUUUAUCUGAAUUAAUAUCUCAUGCCAGUUUUGGUGCCCUUGCUUUUUCCAACCCCGAGGAUUCCCACCAAAUGUGGAAAUGGGAUCCCUUUGCGUUACUGCAUCUCCAGGAUUGGUUUGAAUGGUCGUUAUAAAUUUUGUUUAGUUUUGUUGGAACCAUAUACCACCUAUAUAGUACUUUAAAUGCAACUCAAUCAAAUUUACACAAUGAAUGACCUUUUUGAACCGUUUAAUACUCUGUUUCCAGUAGUGUACCUUGAAUGUUUACUUUAAGUUUAAUUCCCAUUUCAGAAUGGGAGACCCUUUCGUAUAGGUAUUGUAAAGGAGCUACCUCCGCCAAGGACCGCUUCCUAGCUGGAACAGGGGACAAAGCGCAGCACUUCUGCCCACAGUCGGAACAGGGGACAAAGCGCAGCACUUCUGCCCACAGUUUGACUGGGGUCCUGGAACCGCUACCUCCUGGAGCUGAAUGGGGAAUUCGCUCUAGACACACUCAGGCACUGGACGACACUCAGUCCUGGGAGCUCUAGUCCUUACAAGGACUUUCCCUGUUGAAUCCUCCACACUGGAACAAGCUGGAACAGUGAUUAGCCCUUUCCCCUCCCAGUAACCAGACGACAUAUAGUUCUGAGAGUGCAAGCUGGAAUACUAUAAUGGCAGCCACUAUUGGCCUUAAAUCCAUGUCCCCAUGCAAGGGUCACUCCCCCCUGGACCUGAGCGUAAACCACAGUAGAAACAAAUACACAAUUACAUUGGCUCCCAGGUCACUCUCAUACAAAAUGAGAAAAUCCCUCCUCUGUGCCUGGGAGAUAAUUGGAUCAGGAAUUGUACUAAUCUAAUCCAAUUAUCUCCAAGCACAGAAAAAAAACCAUACUUUUUCCAAAACACCCCAAAAGUACCCUAAAAAUACACAAAACCAAAACCCCACAAAAGUUACAUCCCCUGAUAGCCCUGAUCUGGGUAACCAACAUAUCCAAAAAUCACCCAGAUCAGUUCAGGGGUUCAGAAAUUUCCUGGAAGUCAUUUGUUUGACCGACCGCACGCAUGAUGCCAUGCCCAAAACAGUUCCAUAGAAUCAGGGCUAGCGGUCGGUCUAGUUCAGUAGUUUAAAAAUGAACAAACUACCGAACAUCGUAUAUGGUCUUACCAUGGAACUUGUUCCCCUUGUUCAGACGAAUGAUUCCACUGAACAGUGUCUUCCUAAGUGUUAUAAAACCGAACACAGGCGAUCAUGGAAGUCCAGCAGUGUUCGGGAGUCUCAGUAUCCGAAAAUAGUUCCAUGAACUCGAUGACCAAAAAACGCUGCCUGUGUUCAUACGAACAAGAUGGCCGCCACCUUGUGGUCGUCCAUAGGAAUUGUGGCCAGCCAGACGAACACUUAGAACACUGAAGUGGAAAUUGCUACAAAGUAGCAACUAGGCUUAACAAGCUCCAGGGUCGUCUCCGGUUUGUACGGCUGUUCGGUUCCCGAACCAUAUAUUCUAAUUACACUUAAUUAUCAAUUAUACUUUUAUAUCACAGUUUACAUGAUCCAUAGUCUGUAGGCAGGAGGCUGGCAAGCAGGCUUCUCCAGAAACUCAUGGCAAACUCACUUGAAAAGGGGAGUUUGCCACACAAGGUAUCAUUAGUGCUGAGAUACUGAGCUGGAUAUUCUUUUCUGGGGGUUGUGAUUCAUUAGGAAGUCAGUGACAUCGUUGUGAUCUAAUAUUUGCUUAGUAGAUAGUAGACAUUUUUAACUCUCAGGUAUGUAAAUAACACGCCUGGGGCUAGAGAGUAAGUAUGCUGUAAUAAGUGGAAAGGAAUUAAACUACCCUUUCAGUGGAUAUUCCACAGCUGACUAAUGCCGCUUCUUCUCCAACUGCUCCGGUCCAAAUCUCUUACAUUCAUUUCCAAUAGAUCUAAUGGAAAAAAUAAAGUAAUUCCAUUUAUUGAGUUACAUUUUUUGCUUGCGGUUCUAACUGUGUUCAGAGUCGCCUUUAUAAUAGGAUUUUUUUGUAAUCUUAUCCAAUAGCCAUCUCUUAUCUAUCCAGGAACCGUUUUAAAGAAAAAAAUAUUUUAAAAUCAUUUGGGGAAAAAAGUAAUUUACGGUUUCAGUUUUUGGCCAAAGGCAUCCUAAAUUUUCUGUUUCAGCCCAGAAUUUUCAUUUUGGUGCAUCCCUAGCGUUAAGAAUGCAUGUUAUUUGUUCCACACACUAUAGUGUUCCUUUAAACUGUAGUGGUUUGGGUGCUUAAAGUGACCCUUUAAGCAUGUGUUCUUUUUAACCCCCUCCACUGCUAGGCAAUUUCACACCUUUGUUCUAAAGCUAUUUUUAGGCUUUUGCACUAACUGUUCUCAAACACCAAAUACCAGCGCUUUUUCUGUGAUUUAUAGUUGCAAAUUAUGUUAUUGUUUAUUUUAUUAUUCUUAUGUGGAGAUCCUGUAUUUUUGGUAAAUAGCCUUUAUUUUGUAAUAUGAAAAUGCUGGGGGUAAGUCCAGCAUACAAAUGGCAAAAAUUAUGUAUCGUGCCUUUUUCCAUUUAGCAUGUGGCACUCAUUGUUUUACAAAGAAUAGGGUACGUGGUCUUAAAGCUCUUUGAAUUCCGACAGCUCUCACGUAAUUUAAUAGCUGUGAACUGUGCGUAGCUGAAAUUUAAAAUUUCUGCCACAUUGCCAAUUGAAGCUAAAUUAGACAUGUGGAUCAUCAAGUGCAGCUAUAUUUUGAAUAGUUGUCAGUUUACCAUAAUGUAUUUGUUUCCUCUAUGUUCAUGCUUGUAAAAAUAAUUGUGUAUUACUGAAUUAAGUAAAUUGUUUUACAAAAUCAUACAAUUUAAAAAAAUAUUUGUUUGUUCUAUUUUUAUAGCCACCAUUUUCCUCCAAAAUGAAAGCGGAUUAACUUAUUUUGAGGUUCUUCAUAUUUUUCUGGGACGUUUCAAGAUUUUGUGCCUGAAGUUGGUUAACAAUCAAGUUUUCCUUUGCCGUUCAGGAUAUGUACUGAGCUCUAACACCAAAGCAUGUUGAUGCAAACCUGGCCUAUGACAGAUCCACUGUACACAUACUUCUGUAAAUGUUUUUUGCAAAGCUGUCAUGGAUAACAAAUCCUGUGACAUUACAAAAAAGAAAAUGAAGUCUCCUGAUGCUGUAAUAUUUGGCAUUAUUCCUCAAAAGAUUUUUUUAAGGACAUGGGUUAUAUUUUCCAUUGCAUUCCUUGCCAGAGUUGUCCUGGUAUUGUAUGGAGUCUACCAAGACCGAACCAUGCUGGUGAAAUACACAGAUGUUGAUUAUCACGUGUUUACAGAUGGUGCUCGAUAUGUUACACAGGUAACACUUAGCUUUUGCUCUUCUAAAGGUUCUUUCAUAAUAAUGUGCUAGUUAAAGCUCAGAGGUGUGGGAAAUGAAAAAUAAAAUCUACUUUCCCGAGGAACUAAAGUGUUAAAGUGGUAUUACAAAAUUAUUUCAGAUUGGGACAUCUACCUAGAGCCCUGGACAUUGCACGGGUAGUAACUAAACUCAGAAUUUUUGCUAAAUUUGCCAUCUCAGCUAUAAUCAAACCUUUUUGUCCCAGUUCUUCCAUUCAGAUUUAAUUUGUGAAAAUUCCAAGUUUAGUGAAUAACCCUUAGUGUUGCACCUUCUGCCGAGAGUGUGCAUGGUGACUGUGUGUAAAGUGUGUGCGCAUACUGGCUGUGUGAAAUGUGGUGCUUGGUAGUAGAGUUGGCCUUAUUCCUUCAGGAGCCCUGUGCAUUUAAUAUCUUUCCAGUACACCUUCCUGUCACACCCCCUCAUCCAUGUAUAGGGGUGUAUUAAGGAGCGUUUUUAAGUUAAUAAUAAAAAAAUUCAUUCCCUUUCCCUGUUGUCACCUUGCAGUGAGAGGGCAUGAUGAUUUCUGGUGGUCCAUUGUGUUAGGAAUCUGGUCUGUGCCAGGUGCAGACCAUGGGUAACUGUCUCACCAGCUCAGAUACUUUCAGUCAUCCACGUUAAUGCUCUGAUUUGCCUUGAGCUUGGGAGAUAGCUAUUCAUGGUCUGUAGGCCAUAGGCGCCAGAUUUCUUCCCAGGUAUUACAGAGGGCAGACUAAUUAUUAUGUGCCGCUGUCACAUAAUACUGUGAGUCGUAUUGCUUUGGAGCUCUGGAUUUUCCAUAUUUAUCUUGACCUCCUUGGAAUAAAAACUUACAGUAAUCUGCUGUGUUUAUCCAUUCAUCACUGAGCUCCACGACAAAAAAAAGCCCUCACAUUACUAUGUGGUUUGUACCAGUUCUUCACAGAAUUCCACAACAAUAAAAUUAACAGUAAUAUACAGUGUAUCAGUAUGCCAAAGAACAAUAUAAAUCCAGGUAAUAUGCCUAUUGGCAUAUCACAGAGCUCCCCAACACAGAGUAAUGUGUAUUUUGUGAGUAUCACUAUAAUAAAUCUCACAAUACUAUGAUGUAAUAUGUUUGUGUCUGUUGACUAUGUGUGAUAGACGUAAUGGCUGUGUGUGAUAUGUAUGCUGUGUGUGAUAUUUGUAAUUGUCGUAUUGACUGUGAUAUUUGUGAUACAAAGACACAGAAGCACACACUGAUGCGCAUACAGGUACACACAAUAACAGACAUACAUGCUGGUCAGAAAUUUAGUCACUCUCCAGUUCCUUACCUUUUUGGUGCAGGAGGUUGACUUUUGCUGGCUGAGGCUGUUGGGAGUCAGGGGUUGGCUCUCCCAGUUCUCUAUCCCUCCUUUCUAGCUUCUCCUUCUAUCUGCCUCUCCUGGGCACCUCUGUGUUGUAAUCUGUGAGGAAGUGACCAUGUCUCACUUCCUCCCAGCGCUGCCAUUAUUACAGGCGUCCGGUCACACUUCUAAAGGGCCCCAGUGCACUACUGGGCAUCCUAAGACAUGCUAAGUGUGUUGGCCACCUGAUUGGUCCCUUCAGCCUGCAUUCACACUGGUGGUAGUUCUGCUGCAGCACACACAGUCAUAGGCAAACAGUCACACAAACACACACCGUUACAGGCAGACAGUCACAUACACACAGUUACAGGCACACAGCCACAUACACGCACAGGUAGUCUACCAAACAGACACAGUUACAGGCUGGCAGUCUCACUCACACACACACACAAACACAGUUACAUCUAGACCGGGUUGGAUAGAUGCAACCUGGCCUUGAUGCACCUUAGGUGGUUAUAUCUUUUACCAUGUGCAUCCCUCCCCUUGAUUACUAUAGAACACACACAGUUUAAGUCAGACAGUCACACAUACACAAUUACAGACAGACAGUCACAUGCAAACGGUCACGCACAGUUACAGUUAGACAUACAGUUACAGGCAGACAAGAGAUUGAAUGGAGGCACUGCAGUUCCUGGUGUCUAGUUAUUGGAGAAGCAGAGAUUCCUUCUCGCUUCCUCUUUAGUGUGCAGCAUUAACCAGGCAACAGGUUCAUGCCACCCUUAGCUCUGCUCCCACUGCCCAUUUAGCUCAGCCCCACUAGCCAUUUAGACGCCCAGCCUCCCUCACUUGCAAGCAGCUUUUAAGCUAUACCACUGAGCUGCCAACCCGCACGAGAGGCAGAACAAUCUAGUGAGUAUUCUCCUUCUCAUAUGGGCGUUACACUGCACCACCAAUGAAACUGUCUGUGGCCAGCUGCAGUAACAACCACACAGAAGGGGCAAAUGUAGACCCUGCUUUCAGCCGCCUGACUCCCCUGCUGCCAUGGCGCCCUGUGUGGUGCACAGCUCGCAGACUCCUAAGACUGGCCCAGUGCGGUGGCUGUGUGUAAGGUGAUGUUUGCUGGCUGUGUGUAGUGUAUGCAAACAGUGUGUAGCGUGUGAUAUUUGCUGGCAGUAUGUAAUGUGUAUUUUGUAUGCACUGAUUGUGUGUAAUGUGAGCAUACGCGGCUCCAUAAAACGUGUUCGCAGGUUGUAUGUGGUGUGUGAUGUCUUUUGGCUGUGUUUGGUAUGUGAUGGCUGUGCGUUUUGUGUGUGUGUGUGUGAUUGCUGUCUUUCUGUAGUGUGUGUGUUUGACAUGUGCUGGCAGUGUGUAAUGUAGCAAAGUUUUUCCAUUUAUCAAUAGUAGCAAAAAUGGGUGUAAGUUCCUGCAGGGGCUAACAUGUUUUAGAAAAAGUCCUGUAGAUAUAUUAUUAUUAUUUUUUUGUGGCAAAGGUAAGAAAAAAAUGUGCAUAAUUUGCUGCUGAUAAUCCCCCCAAUACAGCAAAACAAUUUCAUAAUAAUCAUAGGUUCUUAGUGUAUCUGACUUGUUUUAGAUCCAUUAGCCUUUGAUGCAGGGGGUGGGGGGUUGUUGUGGUUUUGAUUUUUUUUUCCUUCACUUACUUUUUUUCACAUUCACCAGUAAUAUUGCAAUAAUAUAUUUGCCUCGAUGUUGCCAUUGUGAUUUAAUUCUUUAAAAUUUGAAGUUUAGUAAAAGCCCUGGCUUUAGUCAACAAAACGUGGGAGGGUGGCUAAAAUAUGACCUGCAUGUGUGUUUGUAUGUGUGUCAGUGUGUACUGUGUGUCUGUGUAUUUGUAUGUGUGUCAUUGUGUAUCUAUGUGUGUGUGUGUGUGUGUGUAUGUGUAUCUGUGUGCGAGGCAGUGAUAUAUAUGUGCAUACAUCUCAGAAUUUAAACACCAACACUACACACACAAACACCCCUGCAUUCAAACAUCAACACACAAAUGAACACCUGCAUUAAAAAUGCCAACACUUUAUACAAACACACCCCUACAGUCAAAAUGUAAUUUAUAUUCUGACUGUUACAUAUGAGCAACAACAUUCUCAAGGGCAAAAGGGAAAUAACUUUUUAUUUCAUCAGACAUGCUCAAAAGGUCACAGAUUUACCAGUCCAAAUUGUAAGUGGUUUUGUCUCGAAUAAUGAAGAGCAGAGUGGACUUGAGGAAGGCCCUGUCGGGCAUUAACCACUAUUUGUUGAUGAAAUAACUUUUUAAUGUGUGACGCCCAUCUGGUCUGCUUUACGUGUGCUUUAUUAAGAUAAGUUUAGUACAGCAUCUGGCUUUACUUAAAACUAGAAUAAUUCCAGUUCUGACUAGCUAUAGCUGACAGAUUUGGAAGUUUAUAUGGAAUGUAUUUGAAAACCAAAUUGAGAGGUGAAAUCCAUUUUAAAAAAUGACUUCAUCUUUAGUAUCUACAAGUAGUUUUCAUGUUUUAGUAUUUACGUCCUUGACAUAAAUUACAAUCUAGAAAAAUAACAUGGCUUUUAAAGUAAUGCAAGUUUCAUAUUUUAAUUAAAAUGCUUUGAAAUUGUACAUGUAAAACAGGGCUCAAAAUUUUUACUUGCCAUUCUCGAUUAAAAAUUCAUGCUGGUCAUGCUGCUUAGUAUAGAAUGGACCCUCCAGGUUUGCUGUGGUGACUAACGUUUAGACCAGGCAUAGGACUAGAAAUGUUGAUCGCAGUGUAUGGCUUUAUUCAUUUAAUGACCAUAACUAUAUAACCAUAACUAUUUCACCUCAGUGAGUCUACAUGAUGUCUGGAGGGCAGAUAGGCCAGGUGGACAGCAUAAUUGAGAAAAUGUUGGAAUUAAAGCAUUUGAAAAAGGUUUAACCCCAUUUUUGAAUGCUUUAACCCCAUAAAGUAAGACAGCCCAGGACCUCCAAAUACCAUAACCACUUAACUGGAAUGACGUGGUUAUGGUACCCAGAAUGUCAUUUUAUUCCACCCCCAAAAAAAUUUUUAAAAAACAUUUUUUGGUAGCAAUAACCCUUAAAAAUAAAUGUUAACCCCAAUGUUGGCUUUCCAGCGCCGUUCCUCAUUGUCUACAUCGGCAUCCAGUUUCUAUAAUUCAGAUAGCUGGUGCUCCUAUCCAAUCACUAGCUCCUCAUCAUAGAAAAAAGGUUAUUUAUCACGAUGGAUGUGAUAAAUGCAAAUAUUCAAGUCUGUCGUGGAGACAUGCAUCUAGUAGCUGUCUUAUUGACAGCCUUUAAAGGCAUGUUGACCGACAAAUGUAAACAUUGCUUAAAAAUACGAGUGGUUUUGGUACUUAGUAAGGAGUGGUUUUGGUACUUAGUAUCCCUUUAAGAAAAAACUUGUAAUAAAAUCCCUGUAUAAUCCCUUAUAAGAACCCUUAACCUGAAAUAUGUCUCUUUCAUUCCUAGGGACUUUCUCCAUAUAAAAGAGCUACAUAUCGUUACACUCCAUUAUUAGCCUGGAUCCUGACUCCAAACAUAUACCUCACUGAACUUUUUGGCAAAUUUCUGUUUGUGUUUUGCGAUCUGUUUGCCACAUAUCUCAUGCGGUCAAUUCUUGAACUAAGGGGACUAGAACCUUCCUCUGCCACAAUGUACAGCACAUUUUGGCUUUUUAACCCACUGCCCAUGGCAGUGUCCAGCAGGGGAAAUGCAGAGUCUAUUUUAGCAGUGCUUGUCAUUUUGGCAUUGUACUACCUUCAGAAACGACAGCUUGUGAAGGCUGCUCUUGUCUAUGGUCUUUCUGUGCACAUGAAAGUUUACCCUGUCACUUACCUGCUGCCUAUUGCACUGUCACUGCAAACAAGAAACAUUCUUGACAGCAAGAAUAAAGUUACUUCAAAAUUGAAAUACCAAUGGAUACAAAGUGCCUGGCAGUUUUUCCUUCGACUGUUGAAUCGUGAUCUUCUGAUCUUUGGUACUGUUACCGUUUUGACUUUUGCCAUAUGGGCCGUCACCUUUUAUUUCAGGUAAGGUACGGGAAUUUUAAACUCUUUUUUGACUGCCUAUGGUUUUAUGCCAACUUACUGUUCAAGGCUUUAAAAGUUGACACCAUAACCACUUAAUCAUACUGAAGUGGAUAUGGUGUCUGCAUUCCCUGGCACUGUCUAAUUUGAAAUAGUUUUUGAACUGUUUAACACAGAAGAGGUGUCCCAAGACAAUUGCCUGAUGCCUCUCAUCAAAUGCUUAUAUUUUAAGGGACACUAUAGUCAUUAAAACCACUACAUCUUAAUGUAGAGGUUCUGGUUCCUGCAGGCUCAGCAAUGAAGCCUAGUGUUUACAUUGCUGCCUAGGUAGUGUUUACAUUGCUGCCUAGUUACACCUUUAGUGGCAGUCACUCAGCCUGCCAGUAGAGGUGCUUCCCAUUUCAGUACUGCACUGUGUGCAGCACCUAUGUUUAGCAUCUUCACACUCUGCUUGGAGACUCUAAAUACUCACUAUAGAGAUGCAUUGAAUCAGUGCAUCUCUAUGAGGAGAUGCUGAAUGUCACAGCAUGGUGCUUUGCCGUGCAUGCACAAUAGCCUUCCAGUCCUUUCCUAUGGGCAAGCUUUGGAUUGGCAGAGAUCAUUAAGAUUGAUGAUCUUAGCCAUGGAGGCAUGGCCAGCCACAGCGAGGCCAGCGCCGUGAUAUUGAAAAGGUAUGUUUUAAAACCUUUUUACUGGAUUCAGACUAGGGCAGGGGACUUAAAUAGCUAGUUCAACACUAUAGUGCUAGGAAUAGACGUUUAUAUAUCAUGCUUUCAACCUAUCAUUAUCCGUGCAUCAUGAGUAAAUGUAUUUCCUGACACCAUCAGCCUAUCACUGCCAACCCUUUGCUGCCUGACUUUCUAAUGUGUGACGCCCAUCUGGUCUGUGUUAAACUAUGGUAAGAUGGUGCCAAGGGACUCCAGACAUCAUAACUACUACAUUGAGAUUAAGUGGUUAUGUUGACCAUAGUGUUCCUUUAAUGUCUGAAAACAGCUUGGAACAUAUGUACUAGCAGGGCUAGAUUAUUAAGACCUUGGUAUCAUUUAAUACAUAGUGUUGCCUUCUGUCAGUGUAUUGACUAGUUAAGGGCUAAACACAGCCUGAUAAGUUAUUGUGCCUAAAUGACUGCAUUCAGCCAUGGCCAGUGGCUUCAUUAAUGAUCUCAACAAAAUUUGUUCAGAGAAAGAGAGAGAGACCUCCCAGAAACAGAUAGUGUUACUUCACCAAAUAGCAUCUCCGGGAAAUAAGGAAAAAGGCAUGUCACAAUUCGACCAUGUACAUUAUUUGACCCUAUAAGUACCACAAAGAUCUGCCAAUGGUAUACAUGAAGGUUAUAGCUGUACUACUUUUAAGUAGUAGAACAAACAUGGCAUGAUAAACUCACCAUUCAUAUAUAAUGAGAAAACCAAACAAGUACCACUAUAUUUGGCACAAAUUGUUGUUGAAAGUGCCAAGUUAAGACUCAAAACACCCCAUAUUAAAUAGAUAUCUUUAUUUGCAAAUGGCAUGGGGCAGGAAUUUGCUUGGAAUUAGGAGCCAGCUAAAAAAAAGUUAGCAGCCAGACUUUUUUUAAACUAACAAAACAUUACUUUCAACAACAAAAGUACAAUUCUUAAAGGGACACUAUCUAUGAAAUUCCCAUGAAAUAUGUGUGUGUGUGGGGGGGGGGGGAAUAAAUAAAUAAUGUAACCAACAGAUUUAGCACUGGUUGGUGAAAAAAUAAUAAUAAUAACUGAAGUGUCUAAUGCUCUGAAUUAAUGACACCCUUGGGGCCUCCCUUCUUCAAAUAUAUAUAUAGCGGUUUUAAAUUAUGUGACUACUAUCAAAAUGGAAAUCUCAGCAGCCCCAAAUUUACAAAGAUUUAGUCCUAGACAUAUGAGGCAUUUAAUAACCAGGACUGAAAGUAAAUCUAUUUAAGAAAAAAAAAAAAUUCCCUUCUUUAGUUGUGUAGGUGGAAUCUCAGAAAAAAACCUCACUUACAAAGGGAAUAUGGUAUCUCUGAACAUGUAUAUGUUCAUAGCGCUACGGAAUUUGAUUGCACUAUAUAAAUCAUAAAAUAAUAAUUACCAACACAUUUUUUAUGUUUCUUCCUACGUAGCUAUGGAUGGGAUUUCCUUGAGCAUACAUACUUGUACCACUUAACCAGGAGGGAUAUUCAUCACAAUUUCUCCCCAUAUUUCUACAUGUUGUAUCUAACUGCUGAAAAUGAUUGGAGUUUUACUCUUGGUUUGGCAGCUUUCCUGCCUCAGCUGCUGCUGCUAAUAGCUGUCUCAUUUGCUUUCUACAAAGACUUAACGUUCUGCUGUUUUCUUCACACUGCAAUCUUCGUAAGCUUCAACAAAGUGUGCACCUCACAGGUAAGCAAACCAGGUUUUUUUUUAGUAUUACUCCAAUGGCAAUUAAAGUAUAAGCUCACCUGCCAUGUCAAGGCAAAACCUCUUCCGUGAGUCCAACACAUGCAAUUCACCUUGCUGUCUAAAAUGCUAAAAUAUCUCUGAGAGAGAGAAGGGUAUUUUUUUUAAACCCCUACACACUUAUUAAAUUUUACGGGGUUCAAUAUGAUGCCAACAUUAGUAUAAAAGAGGUUUAAACCCCCAUAAUGGCCCCACUCACCAUGUUACUAGUAAGAACAUGUCCACUAAUGGGUUAAACAUGGGAAAUUGGGUUACACAAGUGUAAGCUUGUCAAGGCAAAACCUCUUAGGUGAGUCCUACACUAACAAUUUGCCUUGCUGCUUUCAGAUAAUAGGUAAAAUCUCUAUUGAGAGAGAGGGAUAUUUUUCUAAACCCCUACAUACUUAUUAACCAUUAACCCCUUAAGGACGGCGGACACACUAUGCCGUCCUUUUUGGGGCGGUCCUAAACGCCGGCGGGCAGCAUAGAACAUCCUCGCCAUCCUUUGUACUUACUGUUCCCCCGACAUCAGUCGCGAUCCUGGGAUCUGCCUGGGAGCUCAGGUAGACCCCCUUUGCCCGAUCUGCCCCCUCAACCCCCAGCUAUGUGAUUGUGGGAUCCUUGCGAUCACAUGGCCGGAAUAGCCGGCUUAUGCAGUGCCUGCAGGGGGCCUGUCUGAGCUCUCAGGAAGUCCCCCUAAUGACUGCAAAACAAGUUAUUUGGCCCCCAGCAGCACCCCCAUUUAUGCAUGUUCAGGUGAGCGCAGCCAACCCCCUCUUGUUUUAUAUAUUUGGGAGUCUAGCCAACUCCUUGGUUUUGCACCCCUCCCUGUCACAGGUGCCUCAUCCCAGGGUCCUAUUUAGCCUUGUACUGCUCUCUGCAGUACAAGGCUAAAUAGGACCCUGGGAUGAGGCACCUGUGACAGGGAGGGGUGCAAAACCAAGGAGUUGGCUAGACUCCCCAGAUGGAAUUUUUUUCCCCAAGUAGGUUAAUCUCAUAAGAGCAGACAUUAGGCUGUUAGUGUAGGACCUGCCAAAGAUGGGGUACAUUGACGUUGUGGCAGGCUUAUGCAAUGUAUGAUCAUAUAAUGUAACUAAACCCCCAUUAUUUUUGCCUAGAUUAGGUGUUUUUAAAAAAACAAAAUCUUUCAACAUUGAAGUUGCUGUUUAGUGGAUAGGUGAGUGCGCUGGAUCUUGUGUAAUAUAUAUAUAUAUAUAUAUAUAUAUAUAUAUUUAAAUUCUACAAAUAUAUUUAUAUAAUAUUUUCACAUAAUCAAGUCAUUUUAUUAAUUACAAUUUGAGGGACCUACCCGACAACCCAGGCUGAAAGUCCAGAGAAUUUGGCUCGCAAGCCCUAUAUUUAACUGUCCUGUAACUUUCUAGGACACCAUAAAACCUGUACACGUGGGGUACUGUUUUACUCAGGAGACUUAACUGAACACAAAUAUUAGCGUUUAAAAACACUAAAACAUAUCAGAACGAUGAUAUAGUCAGUAAAAAUUCAUUUUUUUGCAUUUUUCACACACACACGGUACUUCCACUAACAAUAUAAUUGUUGUGAUAUGUUUUACUAUUUUGAAACACUAAUAUUUGUGUUCGGCGAAGUCAACCAAGUAUAAGAGUACCCCCCAUGUAUAGGUUUUAUGGUGUUUUUCAAAAGUUAUUGAUUCAAAUAUAAGGCUUGAAUUUGCUUUUUUUCACAUUGAAAUUUGCCAGAUUGGUUAUGUUGCUUUGAGACCGUAUGGAAGCCCAGGAAUAAGAAUUACCCCCUUGAUGGCAUACCAUUUGUAAAAGUAGACAACCCAAGGUAUUGCAAAUGGAUAUGUUUAGUCUUUUUUAGUAGCCACUUAAUCACAAAUACUGGCCAAUGUUAGCGUUCAAUUUAGUUUUUUUGCAUUUUUCACACACAAACAAAUAUGAAUGCUAACUUUGGCCAGUGUUUGUGACUAAGUGGCUACUAGAAAAGACUGGACAUAUCCCAUUUGUAAUACCUUGGGUUGCCUACUUUUGCAAAUGGUAUGCCAUCAUGGGGGUAAUUUUCAUUCCUGGGCUACCAUUUGGUCUCAAAGGCAACAUAACCAGUCUGGCAAAUUUCAAUGUGUAUAAACACCAAAAAACCUGUACAUAGUGGGAACUGUUUUACCCAUGAGACAUUGCUGAAUACAAAUAUCUGUACUUUAUUGCAGUAACAGCUAACAGUAUUGUGAGAUUCACAGUUAAAAUGCCAUGCAAAAUAAAAAAAAAUUACCAAAUUUCUUAAUUUCUCAAAUUUUUUUUUAAAUGUUAUUCAUAUUAAAUUAUGCUUAAUAUACACAUAUUUAAUGUGGCAUGAAAGCCUUGUUUCUCCUGAACAAAAUGAUAUAUGGUAAGUGUGGAUACACAUAAUAUGAAAGAGGUGAAUUACACCUGAACAGACAUAUAGCGCAAAUUCAAGGUUUUGUUUACGUUUUGAUUUGAUCACAACUUGUACAAUUGGCUCAGUCCUUAAGGGGUUAAUAGUGAACACAUGAUGGUUUUGCAACACACAUACAUGCACAGAAUGCAUGACAACUGUAAGGGGAGGGUGAGCCAUGGUAAUAGUUCUAAGUACACCUGAGCAACUAAAUUGGAAUUUCUGCUUUAGAUGGCAGGCGAAAAUGCUGUUACAACAGGAGUCUUUAUUCCUUCUAUAUGCAUAUAGUCCUGCCACUAAGAAUGGGCUAUUAUAAAUCCUUACCUUAUCUCUUUGUUUCUUCUUAUAGUAUUUCCUGUGGUACCUCUGCUUGUUGCCUCUUGUGAUGCCUGGCCUGAAAAUAUUAUGGAGACGGGGAUUAUUUCUACUCAUUUUAUGGUUUUUUGGUCAGGUAAUUUGUCACUGGCAGAAAUAUAUCAAUUCUUCUUUAUUGUUAUUAAUGGUGCUAAAAAUGUUAUAAAUUAGGAACCACAUAUUCAUCACAUGUUGACAUUUAUAGCCAGAAAAGAGUGAGUCCAGUGACAGAGGUAUUAAAUACUAGACUGGAAAUAAUAUUAUGACCCUUGGCUUCUGAGAUAUGUCUAAACAAACUAUAUAACUGGAACUGUCCUCCGCUGAGGCACAUUUCUCUCAUCCGCCUGAUACUUUACAACUGACAAGUGGAUUCGGGGAGGAUUGGCUGAGUAGAGGACAUCAGGUGAGGGGGGGGCGGGGUACUGCCAUCGGCUUCGUAGUGCUAGCACGCACAGAUCCUCUGCAGGUCACGCCAAGCGUCAAUAGCAAGCCAGUUACCAACCUCAUGCUAAUGAGUUGCAUUAACAAUGAAAGAGCUGUCCAUGAGUGGUUAUCUGGCUUUGCUCCUCUUCCUGAGUUAUGUUUCAAAAUUGUUGUGUACAGCAGACAUAUACUCCAAAAAAUCUAUGUAUAUAGUGGAAUAAGGGGCAAAGAUUAGAUUUUUUUGUUUGUUUGUUUGUUUAACUAAUUUGCAUUUGCCCACACAGAAUCCCUUGCAGUAGUAACGGCACUGCACAUAUGAGAUUUCUGUGGGAAAAGCAAGUUUUAUGGCUUGACUGGUGUGUGCAGAUCUGUGUUUAACAAUGUUAUAAUUAUAUAAUAUAGAUAGUGUUUUUAUUUUAUUAUAUGAAAGUUUGUUUGUUUGUUGGAAGUGAACACACAGAACACUACACUACUUUAUAGGUGUAUUGUAGUGCCCUCAUAAUCACGUUUGGCUUGUAAAAAGCGUGCUUUAUGACUUUUCUGUUUAUAUGAUCACAUUUCUAAUACCGUGUUGGUUUAAAGGUGUUUUUGUAAAUCAGAUCUAUAUUUGAGUUUGUUUUAAUACUUUAUCUAGUUGAUUAUAGAUUGCAUACAUAGUGUUGAUUUUUUAAAGUGUUUUUGUUAUUGCACUUUUAAGGUUGCAGCUACUAUUCACAUUUUUUUUAUUAUUAUUAUUUCAAACAUUUCCAGUGCCUUAAAGUCAGUUAAUUUGUCUUUCUUUUUAGACAAUACCACACACUUUAUUAAUUUCAUUACACAAACUAGUGGGCGGGCUUUCAAACCACUAUGAACAGACAGGCUGUCCAUUUCACUAACAUGUUCAUAGACGUAAAUGACACAGAGUUUGUCAAUGUGGUCUCGAAUUAUGCACUAAAGCGUGAAUUGUAGUGAAUUGAAAACUGGAUUUCAGGAUUUUAUCAAAUAAUGCAAAUUUAGAGAGAAAAAAAAGACUGUAAAAUUUAGGUUAAAGUUGCCAAGAUGUGAAUAUAGCAGAUUGUUUCCUGUUCACUACAAUUCCUGGUUAAAGGACCACUAUAGGCACCCAGACCACUUCAGCUUAAUGAAUUGGUCUGGGUGCCAGGUCCAUCUAGGGUUAACCCUGCAGCUGUAAAUAUAGCAGUUUCAGAGAAACUGAUAUGUUUACUUAAGGGUUAAUCUAGCCUCUAGUGGCUGUCUCUUGACAGUGGCGCUUCUCACUGUGAUUUUCACAGUAAGAAGAUGCCAGCGUCCAUAGGAAAGCAUUGAGAAAUGCUUUCCUAUGGACUGAAUGAAUGCGCACUCUUGCCGUGCCUGCUCAUUCAGCUGAUGACGGAAGAAGGAGGAGAGUCCCCAGCCCCGAGGGAGCCUGGCGCUUGAGAAAGGUAAGCGUUUAACCCGUCCUACCCCUAAAGCCCGGCGGGAGUGGGACCCUGAGAUAACACUAUAGUGCCAGGAAAGCGAGUUUGUUUUCCUGGCACUAUAGUGGUCCUUUAAAGUGAAUGCAGCUGUAAACAUACAUAUAUGUACCUUUUUUUCUUUUUCUUUUAGGCUAUUUGGCUGGCUCCUGCGUACUUCCUUGAAUUUGAAGGACAAAAUACAUUUUUACUUGUCUGGAUAUCCGGCAUAUUGUUUCUUAUCAUUAAUAGCUGGAUCCUUGCUGAAAUCAUCCAAAAUUACAAGCUACAACCAAAAAAAACACAAAAACUAAAGUACAAUUAGAUUUUGUAUUUAAAGACAUUUUACUGAUCCUACAUGGUAAAGCCAAUAAUGUUGCACUCAGGAAUACACUAUCAGGGUUUUCAGUAAAGAUUUAAUUCUGGGAAAUUCAAAGUUGAUUUAAAGCAAAUGUAAAAUUUGGGGGCUAAAUUGGAAAAAUUCUGUAACAUCUUGCGAAGAUUCAUUGUUGUUCAAAAUCAUUUUGUAAUUGCACAAGAUGUAAAAUUUUGCAUCAUCAUUUCUACUUGUUAUUUAUUUUAAAAGUGUUAAACACUUAAGCCAUUGCUGUGUUGUAAUCUAACUGUGUUGGAUUUUUCCUCGUAAAGGGUCAUUGAGGACCUGACGUUCAUGUGUAACAGAGCUGUGUGAGCAUUCCCAUAGGAAAGCAUUUUUCUGCACUUGCAGACACCAGUGGGAGCCAUGCAGCAGCUUCAAAGUUCAGCAUCCCGUAAUGCUCCUGUCAUGCUGAGUACAGUGCUCUCUGCUACCUCCAAAUCGGAGGCUGUGCGGCGUUCUCCAACUCCAAGUUCAGGUUGUCUUAGGAGUAUUUCUGGAAUCCUUGACAUUAGCUUACAUUCUGAAAAUGUAUUUUUGCCUAUCACACACAUUAAGGCUGGGCCAUUAAAGUCUAAUAUAAGUUUCUAACUCUUUAUAUUACUUCAUACUAGCUACUGUUUCCCUAUUCUCUGUGCGUUUGGGUUACCCCAUCCUGACUGCGUUGUAUUCAAUGCCUUCCAAUAGGCUUCAAUGUCACAUAAAUGCCAAGGAAACACUGUAGGUAGCCAGCUAGUAGAGAUGGAGUUAAAGGAUCACUAUAGUGUCAGGAAAACAAACUUGUUUUCUUGACACUAUAUAAUCUUUAGGGUCCCCCCUCCCGCUGGGCUGAAGGGGUUAAAACCCGUUCAGUCACUUACCUUUAUCCAGCGCUGGGAUCCCUCGGCGUUAGUGACCUCUUCUCCCCCUCCGACGUUAGCUCUCGAAUGGAGCCAAAUGCGCAUUCGCGGCCAGAGCCACACACGCAUUAAAAACGCCCAUAGGAAAGCAUUUCUCAAUGCUUUCCUAUGGAUGUUCUGCGUGCUCAAUGCAAUUUUCGCAUUGAGCAUCGCAGAAGUCCCUCUAGCGGCUGUCAGGAAGACAGCCACUAGAGGCAGGAUUAACCCUGCAAUGUAAACAUAGCAGUUUCUCUGAAACUGCUAUGUUUACAGCUGCAGGGUUAAAACCUGGGGGACCUUGCACCCAGACCACUUCAUUGAGCUGAAGUGGUCUGGGUGACUAUAGUGGUCCUUUAACCUUGCAAUGUAAACACUGCAAUUUCUUAGGACAGGACCACUGCAUCGAGACCACUUCAUUAAGAUGAAAUGGUCUGGUUGACUUCGGUGCGCAAGACUGGGGCCGGCCCGCCAUGCUGUGUGGAUGCAAGAACAAGCAGCUCUUGCAGUCUUUCAACUAUUAAGCUCACCACAGCGAUUAACUUGCCCUUGUAACCCCUGGAAACUAUGGUCCAAGUUGCGGAGCAAUUCUGGUUCUGAGGCUGAGCCUGAAAAUUGCCUCUGGGAGGGAGAUCCUUGGUCCACGCGGCUGAGGCCUACUCUGACAGUGAGGGGUGGACGGCCGCUCUGCUAUUCUGCCCAAUUGCGGCAGAUCGGAUCCUCGGUCCCACACGGUGCUGGCCCUGUUCCUUCCCCAUUGGACCGGUGUGGGUGAUCCCGGUCCUCGCCUCAGGGGUCCCACCGCUAAUAACAACCCAGAGCUGCAGAGAAGCUUAACCUAAAAUGGCGGAUGCUGCAUGUGUGUCCAACCACAAAGAGCAUGCUGAUUUCCCUUUGCUUACCAAGGUCUCUGUGGACUCUUGAGACUAUCUGACACGGCGCAUCUGCCUAAUUGUGAGUCGGGAGCGGAUUGACCACCCAUCCCAGAACUUACCAGCAGGGUUCCAACACGCGGCUCCAGUUCGAGAGCUAGCCCGAAUAGGGAUGCAGUGUCGGACACACCCCAGUGCAACUGUCACAAUGCAUGACCCACCUAAGAGCAUCUUGCAGUCACCAGGGAGGCCAAUACACCGCGUAUGGUACCAAUGCCCUCAGCCAGCCUCUUCCUCCACACCAUCUGGAUGCUGCUCUGGCCAUGGCUGGGGCUGUGGUAUUCACCGGCAGCAGAAGCGCAGUUGGGCUAUGCCAUUGGAGGGCAUUGUAUAAUUUAUGCUGACUCUGUCGCUCACUACCAAGCCUUUAAUUAGCAUUUUAUGUUUAUUAUUAACUUGUUUAUUAUUAUUUGAUGUUUUUCACUAUGCAUUCCCAUUAGCCUCCUGCUCCCUAAGAAAUGUUCAUUUCAUAGCUCUCACUUUGGUGCAGGAUCCCCAGGGUCACAUAUAUUUUUAUUUUAGCAUGUUACUAAAGCUACUCAGCUUCUUUUAACUCACUCUCAGUGAGUUAAAAAUGUUAAUUUUGCUUGCCCAUUUAACCUAAAACAAAAAAAAAUUGUGUGCAGUUUAUCUAUAUCUACAUUGUUUACUAG